AUGCCGGUCGGCGGCAAGCUCCACCUCAAAGGGGACAAGCCGCUGAAGGGCGUCAAGAAGAAGAGGAAGCAGAAGAAGGGCGUUGCUGUCGUGCCUGCGGAAGAGGGGGAGAAAGAGGGACAGAAAAGUAAGAAGCCAGCGGUGGACCCAGCUUCUGUGUCUGCUACGGGACACACCUAUGAGCAGGAGUUCCCUAGUGAAGUGGAGAAGGGGCGGGAAGGGAAGACAAGAAACACGCCAUGGGGAUCAUCAUACAGGGCGCCUCCACAGAUCCUUCAUGGAUACAGAGUGGAGGUAAAGGGUGACAAUGCCCAGGAAAGGCUUGACCUCAGAUGCGCGAAGAAGGCAGACAAAUUCUGCAAGUAG